AUGUCUGCAUCGGGUGAGUUUACACGCAACUUUCAGCAGCCAUCUGCAAAUUUAAAGUUUUUAAAUCAUAGCAUUGUUCUGAGCAACAUAUUUUCAGUUAACAACAAGAGCAUGCGCUUAGCUUUAUUAUUUUAAUCCUGUUUACAAGCGGAGCGGCGUUAAGUUAGCUGUUCAUGUGCAGAGAAGACUCAGCCGCACUGACUUAAUGUCGCCGCAAUCCUUCACCAUCUACAAGCUAAUCGUCAAAAUAUCUCCACACUUCUCAUUAUUAUAACGUUGAAGUUGUGUUGCCUCAAUGUUACACCCAGUAUUUCAUACAUAUAUGCUUUCUAACCAUCUAACACUAGAUGUGAGAUGGCCUCGACUAGUUCAGUGUGGCCUCAUGCAGCGUCUCUAUAUGAUGAGAAUUUUCACAGACCUGUCCUGAAUGACUGUGAUUGCAUAUUUUUUUCUGAUUUGAGACGCUUUCAAACACUUUUCCGACUAAUUUGUGCGGGUGUGAGCCCACGUUAUGUGUUGGUCACGUGUUAGCCGACACAGGAAGUAGACCUACUAAAGCACUAUAACUCACUGAUUUUAUUCUCUUUGGUAUCUAGCUGACCUGGAAAGAUGUGGACCGACACAAUGCAAAAGUAAGCUUUAAUUUCCACUGUUAUAAGCAUGAUUAUCUGCUACUGUGAUGUUCCAUUUGAACUCUCUCACUGAACUUUUAUUGAGGAAACUUAAUCUCUCAAACUUCUGAGUAGCUCUCACAGUGAGCAUGUCUUAAAUCAACCUUAAACAUGUCAAUAACUUUCUCUCCAUUGUCCUCAGGUGUAACAAGACUCCUCCAUUUAAGGUAACUAUACUCAAAUUCGCAUUAAUGUCUGUUGGUUAUUGUUGCACAUCCUUUGACCAGCUCCAUGUGCUGCAGUGAUGAAUCUCUGAACUCUCUCUUACCGAAUCAAUUUUGAAGAAACCCCUUUACCAGAUUCUGAGCAGCACAUCCAUCUACUGGCAUUAAAGAGCUCCCCCUCCAGGAGAUUAAACUUGACACUCAUUUUAGCUUCAAAAACAAAAACCUGAAAGAUCUGUUGCUAAACCUAUUUUUUUUUUUUUUUUUUCCCUUCAGUUUGUCGAGGAUGAAAGACACUGGCAGGUAAGAAACCUGAAUUAAGAUUACAAAGAUUAGUGUAAAGGUCCUUACACACCGGGGCUGACACAAGAACGCAAAAUUAGAAAUAUCUGGAGGCGAAUUUUGAUGCGCCUGACUAUACACGUCAAGCCCAAUGCGAUUUCGCGACUUUUCGCGAUAAAGACGCAUCUGGGGGUAGACUUUUGCUGGGGAAAGUCCCGCCUCCUUCGCCUCUGUUGGCUAAAAAAAGCUGGAAAUGUCAUCACAUGCUCAAGCCAAACAGCCAGCACUUAUAGCCAAUCAGAGGUGAUAAGAUAAGCACAUGAAACUAUGGUAACAACCGUUAGCUUAUGUUGGCACAGAUGAAAGUUAAAACAAAGACGUUUAGCAAACUGUUCCUCAUGAGAGAUACGCUUGUAUUGACAGGAUACAGGUUUGAAGAAAAAAACAUUGACAUCCGAAAAAAUCACACGACAAAAACUGUCCUGGUGUGAAAGUACUUUAACUCUGCAAAGGGCCUUAUUUGAUGAAUUUAAUCAAGACAAGCAUAUGCCUGACUUCUGUGAUGCUAGAUAUAAUCUGAUCAGCCCAUCAAAACACUGAAAUUAUACUCAUCUGCAAGUUUAUUUCUCUGACUAAUCACUUAUUUUUUUCCUUCAAUAGGCUGGUCUGCUCUGUAGGUGAACUCUUUGAAGCCACUUGUCUGGAUGAUGAGGUGAGUUAAUGAUGAAUAUGGUAGUUAAUCCAGCUGUGGAGAGUUGGUGUGAUGAUUACAAUUAAUGACAAGCAUAUGCCUGAUUCAGAUGAUGUCAACCUGUAAUCUGACUGCCCUCAAAUAAACUUGUGUAAAACAGUUCAUCUUUUUAAGCAUGCAACUAAAAUUUUGCAUCUUUGCCAGAUGGGACAUUGAAGAGAAACUGGAUGGAUGCUACGUAGACGUCUCAACAUGUGAGUCUUUGAGAAGUUUGUGUGAUUCUAACAAAUACCCUCCUUGCUGUGCAAUAAAAUAUAUACUUCUGCCUAAUUAGGGUGAUUUUGGGUCACCUCAGUUCUAGUUUAAAUCUUGAAAUCUAAUGCAAGGUGGUUCUGACAGUUUGAAAGGAUGAAAUGGGAUUAUUCCCAUCAAAUACCUGGACGACUAAUGUCAAAUGGCAGUUUGUCACCAAAGCCCUGAUCAAACCUGAAAUGACUUUGUUCCUGAUGUGUGUUUUGUUGAAAUUGUACUGAAGGACUGAUUUGUCUUUUAGCCUUUUUCAUGAGGAUAUCAAGAAGGAGAGAAGCAAAGAGUCUUCAAGGUAAGAUUUUUCCACUAGUCUUGUUUUUUAAAUAUUGUGAGAUCUGUUUUCCCUUCAUAAUGCAGUUCCAGUGAUGAUGAUACUUAGCUCACUUUGAACCGAUGUGAAACGACACGAACAUCUGAGUGGCUGCAUUUGUAAAUAACUUCUGAUUUAGUUAUGAUCAAGUGUUAUGUAUUCAGGGAAUUGUCGAGCUUCAAGCAAGUUAGUAAAUUUUCAUUUUUGUAUCAACAGAUGGUUGAACCGUCAACAGCGUGAUCAUCCUUAACUGAAGGUAAGCCUCCAUUUUGUGUUUUCCUCGAGUCCAACACUUGCUGAAAAUGAUGAGAUAACUUUGGAAUCUCGUUCGUCUGAACUGCUGUUGAGAAAUGGAAUAUCUGAUAUCAGCGACUGUAAAGAGCCGAAAGAAAACCUUUUAACUUGUCCUUCGCUCAAAAUUGUUGAUUUUGUCUUAAAGGUUUUUGGAAUCUGCCAUUCCAGAAGAUGCAACUUUCUCCUCAUCAAAAGAUGUUUUCCAAGGUGAGUGACACUUGAACUGAAGAGAAAAGCACCUGAAUGACAUGGUAACCCCUCCUGUUGGUUCAAGACUGUUCACUGUAUCCGCUUCAUAAUGUUUCCUUCAUGAUGACAACCGCACGCGUCUUACGCCUCGCGUUAAUACCAGAACCUGAAAAGGUGAACCCACUGGUGUUACCUUGGCAAUAAGGGGAAGACCCGUUGGGGUUACCAACAGUCUGAAUGGAAACAAACUCUUGCACUUUAGGUCACCAUACUCGGCUCUUGUUGGUUUAUGGAGUUACUUGUCCCUUGUUUUGUUUACACAGUGAUCUGUAGUGAUAUGAAGAGCAUGUCGGUGGUUAUCUAACUGAACUGUUCUUGUCCACACUCUUUUUAGGACAAACUGUCUGUCACAUCUAGAAUGGAGGAAAGAUGACCCAGAUAUGUCUGAACCUGGAACAUGAUACUUUGAACAGCAAAUUGGACAAAUGAAGAAUGAGCUUUGAUCCAUGGUGUAAGCUUCAUUGCUAUGAAAGAGGCUUGUUCCCGUCCUAGGUGGAGAUGCAGAUGCAACUGGGACUAAGGUGUGUGUUUGGCCACUGCAGUCAAAAUGUUAGUUUUCCCUUUUAACAAAAAUGAUGAGUUUCUUUUACCGCCCCAGUCUGAGAAUUCAUGACUGAUUGGUAUCCCCUCUGACUGUACCAGAAGUUAAGAAUAAAGCCACUGAUUUAACAAGGUGGGCUGACACUGUCGUCUUGUUUCAGGCUGGUGAAGCUGCUCUUCAUUGGUCAGUGCACCGACACUUGGGUCUUCAACAGGUAAAUAAGACAGUUUGA